GGCGCGCUAAGAUUGAUCAAGUCCAAAAUGCUAUCUCGGUGCCUGUGCAAAGUUUUGCACAAAUCCUUGCUUCUAYGCAACUUAGAGCUGAGCUCGAUAAAUACAGUUAUUUCCACCAGAAGGAUCCAUUCUUCAGUAAAACCAUUUUCUGAUUGUGAGUUAACUGAAGAAACCAAACAAAAACAUGAAACUGAAGAGUUGCUUCAGGGUGCAGAGAACAAUUCUGAAAGAUUGCAUAUACCAGUGAUGGUGGAGGAAGUCGUUAAUUUCUUAUCCCCACAGCCUGGCCAGUGUUUCCUUGAUAUGACGUUUGGAGCUGGCGGUCAUACUAGAGCUCUGCUGCAGGAAGCCAAGGACAUUACAGUAUAUGCGCUAGACAGGGACCCCACGGCAUAUAAAAUAGCUCAGCAGCUCUCAGAAUCCUACCCGAAACAGAUUCGAGCUCUUCUAGGACAGUUUAGCCAGGCAGAAGCUUUGUUGACCUCAUCUGGACUGGAGCCAGGGAUGCUAGAUGGAGUUCUCCUGGAUGCUGGCUGUUCUUCAAUGCAAUUUGAUACACCUGAAAGAGGUUUUUCCCUGCAGAAGGAUGGUCCUUUAGACAUGAGGAUGGAUUGUGACAGGUUGCCUGCCAUGCCCACUGCGGCCGACGUGGUGAACGCCCUGGAUCCGCAGGCGCUCGCGUGCAUCCUGAGGGCGUACGGCGAGGAGCGGCACGCCAAGAGGAUUGCCGCGGCCAUCGCCCGGGCGCGCAGCGUCUACCCCAUCACCAGGACGCAGCAGCUCGCGAGCAUCGUGGCAGGUGCUUUUCCACCAUCAGCGCUGUUUGCACGAAAAGACUUGCUCCAGAGACCUACCCAUGUUGCCACCAAAACUUUCCAAGGGCUGCGAAUAUUCGUCAACGAUGAGCUCCACGAACUCCUUAUGGGCCUCAGGACUGCCGAGAAGUUUCUGAAACCCGGAGGUCGCCUCGUAGCCCUUUCUUUCCAUUCUCUGGAAGAUCGUAUCAUCAAACGCUUUCUUUAUGGGAUAGACAUGACAGAAAAGCACAAUCUAAGCUCAAGGCAGAAAAUAAGGCGAGGUCUGAAAAAUAGUUCCCAAGAAGACACAGAAGAAUCUCCUAGUGCAAAAUCCAGCUCAAAGUGGAGUUUUAUACAGAAAAAAGUUCUCACACCCCAGGCCAAGGAUAUUCAAGCAAACCCAAGAGGGAGAUCUGCCAAGUUAAGAGCUGCUAUUAAACUCUAAAAUGAAAUUAUAUCAUUAUAAAAUUGUGUGACUUCCUAAAAUUUCAUU